UAGUAACCGCCCGAGCUGCUCAGACCGGAUCCACCAGCAGAGAUGACGAGAGCAAAAUAAAGACACAGAAACCAGCCAACAUGAUGAGAAAUAUUAAUCGGCGCACGCGGAAAUACCGUCUGUGAAGCGCUCGUGCUGGACUUUUCUGGGCGGGGUCGAGUGAAUUCCGGUCUGAGCCGUCAUGAGAUGAUUGUGAGUCUGGUCGUUGCGGUGGUGAGCAGAUCUGUGAGGAUUUAAAGAUGCCGUUAGCCGCGUUUAGACGGGCGUGAGGACAAACGUCGACGCCUCUGAUGAACCGGUGAUCGUGUCGGCGGCUGUCAGCGGUGCGUUCGGGUCUCGUCGAAGGGCGGCCGGUGGAGACAUGAAGACAGCGCUCGUGUUGAGCUGUCUGCUGUUAAUCGCUCGAGCAGAAGAUCCAGAGAAAGCCGAUCGGAGCCAGAGCCCCGUCCAGUACCUGCGCAUCGGCGACGGCUCCUCGCAGGAGUUCGAGUUUCCCCAGAACACGCGCGGCGUGAUCGUGAUCUCCAGCGGCUACCGCAGCUCCGGGGGCCGGAAGGGGCGCGAGAGCCUCAAGCAGACGGUCCGGGUGAGAUCCCUGGACCCGGACGUGAUCUCCGUCCUCAACGUGAGCGACAGCGGCGGCGCGGGAGCCGCGAGCAGCUACGUCAUCAGCAUCCGGUCCGGGGUGCCGGGGACGGCGCCGCUGCUCAUCCAGCUGCUGGAUCUGGACAGGGACUCGGAGCCGGUUCUGAUCGAGGAGCGGACCGAUUACUCCAUCAGGGUGGCGGCCGGCGGCGACGACCCCGCGGCCCGGCUCCUCGGGUCCGACGGGCUGUCGCACUUCUCGGAGAACCCGGUGCUGUUCGCGCUGCUGCCGCUCAUCUUCGUCAACAAGUGUGCGUUCGGCUGUAAGGUGGAGGUGGACGUUCUGCUGGGUCUGCUGAAGAGGCCCGUGCCGCUGCUGCUGGGCGUGGCGGGGCAGUUCCUCAUAAUGCCGCUCUACGCGUACGCCCUGUCCCGCCUGGCGGCGCUCCCCAAGGCGCUGUCGCUGGGCCUGGUCAUCACCUGCUCGGCCCCGGGCGGAGGCGGCGGGUACCUGUACAGCCUACUGCUGGGCGGCGACGUCACCCUGGCCAUCAGCAUGACCCUCAUCUCCACGGUGGUGGCGGCCGCGGCCAUGCCGCUGUCGUCGGCGCUGUACGGCUGGCUGCUGGGCGUUCACGCCGCCCUGCACGUGCCCUUCGUCAAGAUCCUGGGCACGCUGCUCUUCAUCGCCAUCCCCAUCUCGCUGGGCAUGCUGGUGAAGCUGCGCCUGCCCGCCGUCACCAACGUCCUGCUGGCCCUCAUCCGGCCCUUCAGCUUCGUGCUCAUCGUAGGCGGCAUCUUCAUGGCCUACCAGAUGGGCUCGUCCAUCCUGGCCAACGUGCGGCCGCCGAUCGUGGCGGCGGGCGUGACCGUGCCCGUCUUCGGGCUGCUGGUGGGCUUCGGGCUGGCGCGGCUGACGGGGCUGCCGUCGCCGCAGAGGAAGACCGUCGCCAUCGAGGUGGGCGUGCAGAACAGUCUCCUGGCGCUGGCCGUCAUGCAGCUGUCGUUCCAGCGGGCCGAGGCCGACUACGCAUCCCAGGCGCCCUUCAUAGUGGCCCUCAGCAGCACGUCGGAGAUGCUCCUGCUGGUGCUCGCCCACGUCGCCCACCGCCGCCUGUGCCUGCCGUCCGCCUCUCGACCCGGCGCCUGACCGCCGAGCGAAGCCGAGCGCUGCCGAGCGCCACUGCCAGAACGGGCCGCCCGAGUGUUUCUCUCUUACUACCAAAGGCCUUCGCUCAUUGUGGCCGUUUUUAGUUCAGCCUCUUUUUUAAAUCAGAUUUUAAUGAACACAGUCUUACGCGUAUUACGACGACAGUGUUUAUCAAAGAUAUAUGAGAUAUUUUUCUAAGUGAUUUUGCGCUAUGUUAUUUUGUAAUUCAGAUGGUUCGUUUGUAUCUUGUUUACAGAUGACGUGUGGCUGAGAUGUUGUGUGAUGAUGAUGAUGAUGAUGAUGUUGCUGUUGAUUGUUGAUGUGAUUGAACCGUGCGCUGAAACAAUGGUGACUUGUGAUUAAAUGCUUUUUGACGAGACUAAACAAGUGUCUUUCGGUAUUGGCACCGCGUGACUCACUUUUAAUCACGCUCUCAUUCAUCUCAUAUGCAAGUUCAAACCAAAGCUGGCCUUUUUCAGAUUCAUCCGAUCGUGCCGUCUGUACGCUACAGUGGACUCUUAUCGACAUCCAAACAGCGUGACGCGAGGUGUUUCACCCUUAUCCCGAGUUCUCCGUGCGCUUGCGUUCACUAGAGGCACGUUUAUCUUUGGCCUUUGAAAGUAAAAGUCUUUGCGUGCGAGCAAAGCUCAUCUUAGGAGAACUGGGGCCGGAUUCACGGAACAGGAGUAAAAUUCCUCUUAAGUGCUGUUUUCUUCUUUUUAAACUUGGGAAUCAAUUCAGAAAUAUUUUGUAUUACAAACACAUUCCUUUAAGAUUGUACUUGAUCUAAAGAAAACAAAUUCCUAACAAACAUGUCCUUAAAAAUAAUUGCAAAUCUUAACGUUAAAAACACCUCUAAUGAUCUGAGAAUACAUAACACCAAAGCUUUUCUUCU